AUGACUGAAAAGGGUGAAGAAAAUAACAAAUCAAACUCAGAAAAUAGUAAAAUUAAUGAGGCAAGUGUUGAAGUAAAGAGAGAUAGUGAAAAACGACAGAGGACUGAAAAGGGUGAAGAAAAUAACAAAUCAAAGGCAGGAAAUAGUAAAGUUAAUAAGGAAAGUGUAGAAGUAAGUAAAAAUGGUGAAAAGCGAAAGAGGACUGAAAAGGGUGAAGAAAAUAACAAAUCAAAGGCAGGAAAUAGUAAAGUUAAUAAGGAAAGUGUAGAAGAUAGUAAAGAUAGUAAAAAACGAAAGAGGACUGAAAAGGGGGCAGAAAAUAAGAAAUCAGAAACAGAGAGUUGUAAAGUAAUAGUAAAACAAAAGACAACUGAAAAUGAAAAUGAAAGUCCAAAUGUAAGUAAAUUUAGUGAUAAACGAAAGAAGACUGAGUAG